GAGAGAGGUGGACAAGCUUAGCUAGCCGGACGAGAAGCCAUGGGAGAAGAGGAGCAAAGGAAUUGCAAUGGACGGAAGGAGGGGAGGAAGAAGAGCAAGUAUGCCGUAGCGUGCUCCAUUGUUGGCUCUAUCAUCUCCAUCCUAAUGGGCUACGACACCGGUGUGAUGAGCGGCGCGAUGCUGUUCAUCAAGGACGACCUCAAGACGAACGACGCGCAGGUGCAGGUCCUCGCCGGCAUCCUCAACAUCUGCGCCCUCGUCGGUUCUCUCACCGCCGGCCGCAUCUCUGACUGGGUCGGCCGCCGCCGCACCAUCUCCUUUGCGGCUUGCAUCUUCUUCGUGGGUUCCGUCCUCAUGGGCCUGGCGCCCAACUUCGCCACGCUCCUGGUCGGCCGCUGCGUCGCAGGCGUCGGCGUCGGCUACGCGCUCAUGAUCGCACCCGUCUACGCGGCCGAGAUCGCCUCCGCGGAGUCCCGCGGCGCGCUCAGCUCGCUCCCUGACAUCUGCAUCAGCCUCGGCAUCCUCCUCGGUUACGUGGCCAACUACCUGCUCGCCAAACUGCCUCUUAUCUACGGCUGGCGCGCCAUGCUGGGGCUCGGCGCGCUCCCGAGCGCCCUGCUCGCGGUCGGCGUGUUCGCGAUGCCCGAGUCGCCGCGGUGGCUCGUCAUGCAGGGACGAGCCGAGGAGGCGCUCGCCGUGCUGCGGCGCGAGUGCGAAACGGAGGACGAGGCGCAGGUGCGGCUGGCGGAGAUCAAGACCGCGGCCGGGCUCGCCGUUGACUCCGCCCCGGGCGUGGCCGCGCCGAAAAGCAGCGGCAAGGGCGUGUGGAGGGAGCUGUUCGUGCACCCGACGCCGCCCGUGCGGCGCAUCCUGGUGGCAGCCCUGGGCGUGCACUUCUUCAAUCACCUGACGGGCAUCGAGGCGGUGCUGCUCUACAGCCCGCGCAUCUUCAAGGCCGCCGGCAUCGCGACCCGGAACGAGAUCCUCGGGGCGACCGUCGGCGUGGGCGUGACCAAGACGGUGUUCAUCCUGGCCGCCAUCCUGCUCGUGGACCGCAUCGGCCGGCGGAGGCUCUACCUCUCCAGCCUGGCGGGCAUCAUCGCCUCGCUGGCCUGCCUCGGGCUCGGGCUCACCGUCGUCGAGCGCUCGGCGCCGCACCACGCGGCGCAGUGGGCGGUGGUGCUGGCCAUCGCCACGGUGUUCACCUUCGUGGCGUCUUUCUCCAUCGGCGUGGGCCCCGUCACGUGGACCUACAGCUCGGAGGUGUUCCCGCUCCGGCUGCGAGCGCAGGGCACCAGCGUGGGCGUGGCCAUCAACCGCUUGAUAAACGCCACGGUGUCCAUGACGUUCGUGUCGCUGUACAAGGCGAUGACCAUCGGCGGCGCCUUCUUCCUGUUCGCGGGGCUGUCCGUGGUGGCCGCCGCGUUCUUCUACUUCCUCUGCCCAGAGACGCAGGGCCGGCCGCUGGAGGAGAUCGAACAAGUGUUCAGCCACGGAUGGUGCGCGCACCGCGGAAAGGUGCCGGCGGUGGAGAUGCGGAAGUCGACGGUGGCCGAGGGCAACGCCAAGGCGCAACCGUGAUGUGAUGGGGCAACGGGAAGACAGAAGAGACGCACCUGUGUUUGUGUGCAGUUCUUUUUUUACUGUGUUUGUGAGCAGUUGUGCCACGGAAUGCAUGGGUAGAUAAUAGAUUCACAUGGGAAUAUGGGGCAUUGGGGUAGAAAGAUGGACUCCCUGUGUACACUCCUGCACCCACGCAUAGCAAGUGUGGUUGUAGCAAUCGUAUUGUUUAGGGUUUGUUUGG